CGGCAAAAGCCCUUGUCAGUUUAAAAGAGGGAAGCUUAUCUAACACAUGGAAUGAAAAGUACAGUUCUUUACAGAAAACUCCUGUUUGGAAGGGCAGGAAUACAGGCCCUGCUGUAGAAAUGCCUUUCAGAAAUUCAAAACGAAGUCGACUCUUCUCUGAUGAAGAUGACAGACAAAUAAAUACCAAGUCACCUAAAAGAAACCAAAGGGUUGCAAUGGUUCCGCAGAAAUUUACAGCAACAAUGUCAACACCAGAUAAGAAAGCAUCACAGAAGAUUGGUUUUCGAUUACGUAACCUACUGAAGCUUCCCAAAGCACAUAAAUGGUGUAUAUAUGAAUGGUUCUAUUCAAAUAUAGAUAAACCACUUUUCGAAGGUGAUAAUGACUUCUGUGUGUGCCUAAAGGAAUCUUUUCCUAAUUUGAAAACAAGAAAAUUGACAAGGGUAGAGUGGGGAAAAAUCAGGCGGCUAAUGGGAAAACCACGGAGAUGUUCUUCUGCAUUUUUUGAGGAAGAGAGAUCGGCAUUAAAACAGAAGCGGCAAAAAAUAAGGCUCUUACAACAAAGGAAAGUUGCAGAUGUCUCACAGUUCAAAGACCUCCCAGAUGAAAUCCCUUUGCCUCUGGUUAUUGGAACCAAGGUUACAGCCCGGCUACGUGGUGUUCAUGAUGGUCUCUUCACUGGACAGAUAGAUGCUGUAGACACACUUAAUGCUACUUAUAGAGUAACUUUUGACAGGACAGGGCUGGGGACUCAUACCAUUCCUGACUAUGAAGUUCUUAGUAAUGAGCCUCAUGAAACAAUGCCAAUUGCUGCCUUUGGACAGAAACAGCGGCCUUCUCGAUUUUUUAUGACCCCACCACGACUACAUUAUACUCCUCCUCUCCAGUCUCCAAUCACAGAUAAUGACCCUUUAUUAGGGCAGUCACCUUGGAGAAGUAAAAUUUCUGGCUCUGACACUGAAACGUUAGGAGGUUUUCCAGUAGAAUUUCUUAUUCAAGUGACUAGAUUAUCAAAAAUUCUCAUGAUUAAAAAGGAACAUAUCAAGAAAUUAAGGGAAAUGAACACAGAAGCUGAAAAACUGAAAUCAUAUUCCAUGCCAAUCGGCAUUGAAUUUCAGCGGAGAUAUGCAACAAUUGUUUUAGAGCUUGAACAGCUGAACAAGGACCUAAACAAAGUUUUACACAAAGUUCAACAGUACUGCUAUGAGCUUGCCCCAGACCAGGGGCUCCAGCCAGCUGAUCAGCCAACAGACAUGAGGCGCCGCUGUGAGGAAGAAGCCCAGGAGAUCGUUCGGCAUGCAAAUUCCUCCACUGGACAGCCUUGUGUUGAAAACCAAAACCUCACAGACCUGAUCUCCAGGCUUACAGCUAUUUUACUACAAAUUAAGUGUCUAGCAGAGGGAGGAGACCUGAAUUCCUUUGAAUUCAAAUCACUUACAGAUUCAUUAAAUGAUAUCAAGAGUACAAUAGAUGCUUCUAAUAUCAGUUGCUUCCAGAAUAAUGUAGAGAUCCAUGUGGCACACAUUCAGAGUGGCCUGAGCCAGAUGGGGAACUUGCAUGCCUUUGCAGCCAACAACACCAAUAGAGACUGAGGCCAAGCGGCCACUCACAGUCCGCCGGCCGGAGGCCUGUCCCUCUAUUCAGCUUCGCAUUUCCAGUGGCCUGGCUGCUGGGGAAGGAGGGGUGUAAGUCCCCC